AUGAUGAAACAAAAACUUCAAAUGAUAAAGAAUGCCGUUGAAAUAAGAAUGCAUUUGAACAGACAGUCGACUGAUAUUUCUAUGUUCUUAUUACCUUCGGUUAUCGUCAAUUCCACUGAACAGCGUGCUUCUAGCAUGGUAAGUGAAAAGUUUCAUCUGGAUGUCUUGACAGGUAAGAGUAAAAGUUUGUCGUUUACUAUGUGGAAAAUGGAGAAAAAAAUAGUGCAGCAUGCAACAUUGGAAUGUUAUCACUAUGAAACGGUUAAAUUUUCAAAUUAUGUUGCAGUGACAUGA